UGUCGGCUCGAGAAUGGAGAAGUGCUGCUUUGCCUAGGGUGGUGUCGCCGAACCUUGCUCUACCUCCGUGAAAAUGUUGCAUACUUAGUUUAUGGCGUUUGAGACUGAUUUCCAAAAAUGCAGAGCAGUGAAGCAGUGGUGAUACCAAUACAGUGCGGGGGCUGUGACACACUUGUAUUCAUACUAUGCACUACCUAAGUAUGCAUUCUUAAGCAAGUACAUUUGUAGAGCCCCAGCAAACAAGCUCAUCUAAGUCAAUGCUUAAGCAAGUACCGAGCAGUUGGAUGGAUGAGUCAAGAUUCUGGGAUUAGCUGAAAUCCGGCAUUGAGUUUCUGAUUUCCAUCUCGUUUCAUUCUAAACGCUAUGGCAUCCCUUGCGAAACCCAAACCAUGGCUUUGUAGCACCUGCUUGCGCCGAGCCAGCAGCAUCACCCCAUCUCGUCGCUUGUAUACCACGGGCCGCAAUGACCAGCCAUUUCGAAUGGCUGUGGUUGGCUCCGGCCCGGCCGGGUUCUAUACAGCGUACAGAGUCAUGUCCAAGAUCCCACAGGCCAAGGUAGACAUGUUCGAAGCGUUACCCGUGCCUUUUGGGCUGGUCCGCUUUGGUGUCGCCCCUGACCAUCCCGAAGUGAAGAACUGCCAAGACAAGUUUGACGAGGUCGCCAGCUCGCCGAACUUCACCUUCAUUGGCAAUGUGGCGAUUGGCAACCAGGGCAACCAUUUCCAAGGAUGCACAAUUCCUCUAGUAUCUAUAAUGCGCCACUACGACGCCGUAGUGUUCGCAUACGGUGCCUCAAAAGACAAGAAGCUAGGAAUUCCCAACGAGUCUGAGCUGCGGGGUAUCUACUCGGCGCGGGAGUUCGUCGGCUGGUACAACGGCCUGCCUGAAUAUGCUGACUUGGCUCCAGACCUCACGCAGGGCGAAGAGGCAGUUAUCAUUGGUCAGGGCAAUGUUGCGCUCGACGUUGCGAGGAUGUUGCUAGAGAACGUAGAUGUGUUGCGGAAGUCAGACAUCACCGAGUCUGCUAUAGAAACCCUAUCCAAAAGCCGCAUCAAGCGAGUGCAUAUAGUCGGGCGAAGGGGCCCAAUGCAGGCAGCUUUUACUAUCAAAGAGGUGCGAGAGCUGAUGAAACUGCACUCUGUUGCGUUCCAUCCAGUCGACAUGAGUCUUUUACCAGAUGAACUGUCGAAGUUACCUCGAGCUCGGCGGCGGCUUAUGGAGGUUCUAGUCAAAGGCUCAACGAGUCGGCUAGAGCAUUCGAAUAAGUCAUGGUCACUCGAUUUUUGUCUAUCACCUACCGCGUUCAGCGGCACACCAGACGGUAGGGUGCAGAGUACAGUGUUCGAACGAACCUCACUUUCGUCACCUUUCGAGCAAGAUUCCAGCGUCCAAACUCUGGGUGAAAAGCUAGAAAUUCCAUCGUCGGCAGUAUUUCGCUCCAUUGGUUAUAAGUCGGUUGCCCUGCCCGGCUUUACUGAGGCAGGAAUACCUUUCGAUGAUAGGAAAGGCGUGAUUGGGAAUGACGGGUUUGGUAGCGUCUUACAAGGUGAUGAAAAUGGCUCACUGAUGUCUGGUGGGAAGAGUAAAUUACCUGGGGUAUACUGCGCUGGAUGGGUGAAGAGGGGCCCUACGGGCGUCAUCGCAUCCACAAUGGAAGACGCGUUCAGUACUGCCGGUGCCAUUGCUGCUGACUGGUAUGCCGGGCACCCAUUCCUCAAUUCUAGUGAGACUCAUGGUUGGGAAGGGUUACGUGCCGAGGUUGACAAGGCCAAAUGCCGAGUCAUUCAUUGGGAUGACUGGAAGAAGAUAGACAAAGCAGAGAGAGAACGCGGCCUGCUGACCGGUAAGGAAAGAGAAAAAUUCACGAGCGCAGACGACAUGUUGGCUGCUGCUCGCUAGUCACUAAGAAUGAAGCCAAGCAAUUCAUCAUAUAAUCAGGCCCUGACGGGCCAGUGUUACAAG